AAUGGGUUUUAUUAAUAGUCUAUGUGUAAUAUUUAUAAUUAGUGUCCAAACAUCCGAUGUGAUAGGGACUAAAAAGUUUUAGUCCCAUGUAAACAGGGUCUAAGGGCCUAUUCAGAUUAAUGACAUUUUCAACCAUACCAUUAUUUGAUAAAAUUGAUAAUUAUGUGGCUAGGUUUAGUUUGUUAUUAAAUAUUGGCAAUGUGUAUAGAAUUUUAAGCUAAUCACAUCAAAAAAUUGUCAAUGCUAAAAUUUUGACAAAUUAGUAAUAUUACUAAAAUUUUAAGUAUAGUUCAUUUUUACACCAAUCUGAACAGACCUAAGUGAUGGGAAUAAAAAAAAUAUUGUAAUUAUCAAAAUUUCUCCUCUUUCUGUCUCCCAACUCCAUCCUCUCGAGCGAGCUCAAUCGCCAGGAAGGCAGGAAGCAAGAGUACCCGCGGCUGUGAAAUCAAGACGAAAUCUCGGAUGGAUCCAAGAAAUCGGCGGAUCUGGAUUCUGCAGUCGCAGAUAGGUCUUUGCGCAACCGGAGGCGAUGGGGGUGGUAGGUAAUAUAUAUAUCCUUCUGGAUAUGUCCGGCUGCCAUUGUUGAAUAAUAUGAAGAACUCUUUUCUGGAAUGAAACACAGAUGCAUGGAACAGUGAGAAAUAAGGUGCGUUUUAUUUUUUCAUAUAUUCUGGGUGCUAUAGAAAUGCUACAGAAACUUCUGCCAUGUUUCAUGUUUUGCCUAUUUCGGCACAUUUGAACUUCUGGGUGUUCAUGAAUGAAAUGUGGAGCAAAGAUGAUGGAUGGUGGAUUAGUGAGGGAUAAAUUAAAUAUUAUAUGUAAUAAAGCUAAUAAAUAGCUCAGGUUAAGUUAUUUCAGCAAUGCUGAUGUAGAAAGUUUUUGAAGAAAUCGUAGUUUGGAAAUAAUCGAUCGUAUAAUCUAAGGCAAAGAAUAAUAAUCUGUUUAUUGUUCAGUAAAAGAAUGAGGUGGCCAUUUUCUAGUCCAUUAGAUUAGGAAUUGUAGGAAAAAAUUGUUUUAUUUUCCGCAUGUUGAUCUUUCUGCACAGAAGGGUGCAACGAGGAAAAAUCAUAUGAAGACCUUGACUAGCUGCAGAAAAAUGCAUUCUCUUUAAUUGGAGGUGCAUUGGUUUGACUUAUUGACUACUCUUCCUGAGUCUUCACUCGUUUUCCCAACUAACUCCGUGUCUUCCCUCCUCUCAUCAUAUAAUAGUUCAUCAGAACUGUUUCUUGCCACUUCAUAGUAUUCCUCCUUUCUGAAUCUUGAUAUUGUUCUAUAGAGUUGUCCUUGGUAGAUACCUGGUACAAGAUGCCAGCUUCCACAUCUUCAUCAACAAAUAUGUCUUUUGUCCUCACAAGCACAACAGAAUUGGCCUCUUCGUAUGAUAUCCAAAGCUCCUCUGAGGAAGCUGCUAUUUCCCAGUAUCAGCAGUGCUCUUAUGAAGCCGGUAUUCGCAUCUAUAAGCAACUUCUGGGGGACAUCCCUGAAGAUGGACUCGAUCUCUCAAAUAUCCGUAUCUGGAUUCAGAGGGCAGACUCGCGGAUGCUCGAACUGUUCAAGGAAGAAUUGGUGGCAAUGAUUGAUCAGAGCAUUCAAGAAAUCAACAGCAAGCAUGGGCAAGAACAAGAAUCUGAUAUGCAUCGCCUGCUGAAGCUUGCAGGCGUAAUGACUAUGUUGUCACCGUCAUCUGAUCUGCUCCCUGCUAUUUUGCGUCUAUACGUGACCCUUGAAAUCUUCCCUGUCAACCAGGUAAACGGCAUUGCCAGUGAGCUCAAGAGGUGUGUAAGGGAGAUUUUUCAGGGGCAGUGUUCACUAGCUCUAAAUGGCAUUUACAGUGUGCCGCGGGGAGGCGGCAUCCACAAUAUUACUUCAUAUAUGAUGAACUAUAUCAAAUAUAUGUGGGAACAUGAUAGCUUGCUUAACGUUAUUCUCGCUCAAGAUGACGGGGAGAGCGAGAAUCCCUUACACGAUGGGAAAUGGACGCGACUGGAUUAUUUUGUGCAGUCCUUGAUCGGAUACCUAGACUCCUUGCUUGAGACGAUAUCAAAGUAUCAGUCAACAGAGUUUCAAUGCAUUUUCUUACUAAACAAUGCUCAUUUCAUAUUGGAGAUACUCGAGAAAUUAGACAUGAAGUCAGCGCUGCAACAAAGCUGGAUUACGAGGCACCACAACCAGGUCGAGUAUCAGAUAGCGAGAUACCUUGAGCACUCAUGGGAACCAAUCCUGUCACGCCUGGUUGCAAGGAAGAACAUACUUUUUCCUUGCUUUCAUCUGCCUCCUUUAACUGAAUUUUACACAAUGUUGAACAACAAUUGUGCAGUGCAAAAGUACUGGAAAAUUGAAGACCCCAAACUUCGGCAAGUGGUGAGAAAAACCAUAUCAUCCCGAGUCACUCAAUGUUAUCAAGCAUACCUGGGAAGGAGUGUUAAGAAUCAGAAGCGUGCACACUACACCUCAGAGGAUUUGUCAUACUAGUUUCUUGGUUGAAUGUUGCUCCUAUUGCGUGGUAUUACAACCAUCUACUGUGUGGUAAUUUCUAGGGAGUAGCAUUUUUUUCUUGUCCUAGAACUACUAAUUUGUUGAGAUAUGGGAGCGCAAACCUUUCUAAGCUUUAAUUUACAAGCAGCUAGUGCCUAAACAGUUGCAGUAAUAAUUCGUUGCUAAAGAAGUUCUAGAAACAACCGAACAGACACAUUCAAAAUUUCUCUAUUAGGCAAAUUUAGCAGUUAAGCUCCUGGGACAAUUCUGUCAGUUAAUAUGGAGUUUAUAUUGAAGUGUUUCUGCUAAAUUACUGGAUGCAAAUUCAUUUCUAAAUCAACCUAUGAUGCCAAAUCCAACUAUGUUUUUUUGUUAUAAUUAGUCUGGAAUUUACUCUGUACCUACAUUUACAUUUGCAGAAGACACCUACUGAAUUUUCAAUUUCUUACUUGUUCAAACUCUCCAGUUAACCCUCCAUAUCAGUUUCUUCCUAAUCCGUAUGAAGCUCUAUUUUGUCGGUUGAUGUGGCCACAAAGUAUAUUGUCUGAUUAGUAUAACCUCACAUGCUGUAAGCACUAGAUAAUAUAAAGUGCCUUUCCCUUGGACAACUAACUGAUUCUGAUUUUAAGUUCCAUACAAAUUAGUCAUGUGAUGGUGACUGACUUGUACAUUCAUGGUCCAUGACUUCAUAUGAAGUCUUUACUGAAUUGCAGGUAUAGAUCUGACAUUGAAACCCAAUUUUUAAAAAGAUAUCUUCAUACUUGCUUUUGAUAACAUUUCAUUUUCUCUCUUUUUCAUUGCUAUAAAGUGAAGUUAUCAGUUGUAGGUUGAGUCACAAGCAUGUGUACCGUGAGAAAAUAAAACAACACUCUAAACAUCAUACUUGUCAUUAAAUAGCUUUGUAAGAAUUCUCAAGAAUAUCAGUUUUUCUAUAGAUAUGUUGACAUUUGAUGAGAGCUAGUAUCAGUCAAAUUCUUGACUGUUCAAUACACCUUAAGAUUUGUGCAUCAGCUUUUGUGGGCUGCUAGUCUUAGCACACUGGGCUGCAGAUGGAGAGGAAAAAUCAACAGGUAGGCCUACAUGAUUUAGCAGUUUUUUCGUUGCUUAGAUAAUUUGAAAUUGUGAAAUUUCCCCUCAAAAAAAUAGUAGUGAAAUUAGGUCUAGAUAGUCCCAUAUGAGAUUACAAAAAUAUUGUAUGCAACCAUUCCUGUCAUUACAUUCAUUGUUAGUGAAGCUUACAAGUGUUAGACUGCAAAUGAAAUUCCAAGUUGCACUGUUAUGGUCUAUGCUAAGUCCUCUGUAAAAAAGAAAAGGAAAAAGAAGGGAACAAACAGAGUGAAUUAUUUUUUGCCUGGACAGGCAAUAGUAUUAAUUCAUCCUUCAAACAACUCAAUUUGUUUCUAAUGUCUUCCAGACUACGUCCAGAUGACUUCUCUAAAUUUGGAUGAUUCUCCAUGAAUGCAUAAUAAGCAGGUAGAACAUAGUCACAAACAGUUUGUCUCAGCUCAACACGGAGCUUUGGAUCAGGGACCUUCCAAUGUGCCUGUGCAUUGCAAGUUGUUUCAAAUGAUGAAGUGAACUCUUUCAUGGUUGAAGGAUGAAGGAAAUUGAAGGGACUUUUGGUCCUUUCUUCAGAUAAGACAGGGUCAGAGCCCAUGUUGCUUCUAUAUAAUUCACUUUGUUCUGCUCGACUCUGUGCUGGUAAUUUUGAAUCCAAUCAGCUGGUAGCAUCGACCUUAUAUCUGCUUCUUCAAUUUUCCGAAGUAUGAAAUGCUCAUUGUUCAGAAGGAAUAACCAUUGUAAACCUUCAGAUUUAGACAUGUACAACUUAGACAGCCUGUAGAGCAUGGAUGUAAGAUCAGAUAUCAGCAUAGAUAUCAGGUGACCUGAUGUGUUCAUCAUCCUCUCUUCUGCUAAUGCAUGGUCUUCGUAACUGUGAGCAAGAAUUGCAUCCAGUGAACCUGUGUUUUGUGUUAGUGACAUGAUAUAUCUGAUGAGGGUGUGAAGAAUUUUGUGAAGCUCACCAGUAAAGGAUUCCUUGAGCUCUCCUGAGAACACUUCCUGUAGAACUGGAUACGCUUCUGUCAGAGCCUGGUGCAUGUGCAGCAUGUGAAAGAACUUCUCUGGUGAACCAUGCAUCUUACUAACUGUAGAUGCAAAGGUGAGUAAUUGAGUGAUGGGUUCUUUUACUGCUUUUGAUAGUUUGUCAAGUGCCAGGCUAUCAUGGACAGCAAGAUGCCACUGCAUGAGUUGCUUGUGUGCAGAUAACACUAUUGUGCAGACAUACCGCAGUUCAUGAAGCCACUCAGUCAUCUUAUGUUUGAUGCAGUUCCUCCAUCGUGCCUCGUCAUCGUUCCUUGAUUGAAUGCCAAGAAUCCGGUCCAUAUCAGGAAUGAAGUGGCAGUGACAACGAUCAUCAAAUGGAGCCUGGUGCAAGUCCUGUGCAUGGCCAGAUUGUGUUGAUUGGUUUGCUAUCUUGUCAAGGUAUAUGAGGGAUUCUUUGCUGACAAUUCUGAAGCUGUCAUUAUCGAAGCCCGGAUGCAAGUACUCCAGCAUUAGAUCAAGUUGUUCUGAGUCGCAUCCGUCGUCUGUCAUGCUCUGAGUUUCUGAGAGGAGUGACAAAGAUAUGCUGCUGCGACUGGCAUAAUCAUUCGGAUGCCAUCCUAAAAAAUGGUAGCUGCUAGUGGGGAAAUCAGAAACUUCCACAGGAGCAAACCCAUUUUUCGUGGAUGUGGAGAUGGUGAUACGCCUUUCCCUGCGUUAUGUAUCUUUCAUUGCCAUCGACACAUUUGGAGAGCAACUCAAAUAAGAUUACGCGUAAAAAAGAUUGAUCUAGUGCUGCUUCUGGGAAACAGGUACCUGAUGAAGAAUAGGUUUCCUCUAUUGAGAACAAAGAUCUUGCAUGAUGGAUCAGCCUUUUCCAACACGGUGAUCGUGCGAUCUGUGAGCAUCAUAUUUUUCAUGCCUCCUUCCUGGUCAUUAAAAAGUGGAGUCUGAUGAUUUUGAAUCAAGAGUUGUCACAAUGAAAAUUUGAUACAAUUCUACAGAAACCAGGGCAGUUUGGCAUUAGAAACAUAUGUGAUUCUGAGUAAGUCGGCAACCUCAUGAGUAUACCUAUAGAGGCCACCUCCCAUGAUGAGUGUUGUGAUCUUGAGCUCUGAAACUAGCUCUACUAGACCAAGUUCAACAUUCUCCUUCUCAGCUGUUAACACCUCAGCAUGGAACUGGAGAAGAAGAGAUGUAACAUGUCUGUGAAAUUGUCUGGAUACAUUUCUCACAAUUGAAUACAUACACUGGAAGCAAUUAAACUUCACCUUCUGAGACUCGCAGACAUGCAGGUAGUCUUGUUUGUGCUGAGCAGCAACUGUACUGUCAAAGAACACACUACAACAAUCACACAAUUCACAGAGAGGGAGGAUGCAUACUAGGAAUCAGGUUGGUUCUGGCUGGUCGGUAGAUGCGGAGGAGCACUAUCACCGUCUUCCCCGGUGGGGUGUUGCGCAACGUCCACAGCAGCAUUGGCGGGCACAAGCUUUGGAUGGGGCUAAUUGCCACAUAAACCUUCUCGCAAUCAUCUUCUAUCAUCUUUUGCGCCAUCAUUGCAUGAUCUAUCUGUGUACUUAUUUGCAAAUGCGAGUAUGAAAUAUAUAUACACCAAGUCUGGAACUAGGAUAUCUGCAUCAGCAUGUUGCUAGUUUUUUUUUUAUUAUUUUUUUUUCGCUGCUAUAUUUUAUAUACAACAGGAAAUUCAACUCUGCAUCAGGUCAAACUAGUGGGUUGGUUCACUCUGGGGCUGAGCUGUUGUCCUUGGGUUUCGAAUUAAAUAAAAGAAAAAUAUGGACCGGUGUAUAUAAGAAUAGGUUUUUGCUUCAGCUUCUAGAAUAUAUAAUCAAUAAUUAAUAUUUUGGCUAAAAAUACUGAGUUCAUAACAGCAGUAGUACUUUGAGGGGUUUCUGGGUGCUGCGGAUGGAAGAUUCAGAUGGUAGAACUUCAAGCUGUAAUCUUGGAACGUUUUUACUUAGGGAUUUGUUAGUCCAAAUAAUGUUAAGUAAUGCUAUAUGCAUUGAGGGGUGUAUGAUUUCAUUUUCACAGGUUUAGCCAUUUAGGCCAAGGAAAUGAUUGGUUGAUUAUU